GACAGCUUCGAUAACGCAAGAGAAUUGUUACAGCUUUAAAUCCAUGGUAUGAGAGUAGCGAUUUCCUUAAACGUGAAAUAUUGGUGUUAAACAUGCCGAAAUACUACGAGGAUAAAGAGGAAGACGGUCGCUCCUGUGCUGGGAUCAGAGAGGACUUUAAGGCUUGUCUCCUUCAGCACGACUGUGUGGUAAAGGAAGGGAAAGCACCAAGUGAGUGUCUGAAGGAGGGCCAUUGCAAAGCGCUUCAGACUUCAUUUUUUGAGUGUAAAAGAUCACUGCUGGACACUAGAUCGAGAUUUAGAGGAAGAAAAGGAUAUUAAGUUUGGAAAAAUGAGCCUAAACUAAGUCAUUCGCACAUGAACCGAAGGGACACUUGAUCGAGGGAUGUUCCAAGGACAAAGCGGGCAAGAUCAACACAUGGACUGGUGUUUUUCCUUGGUACUU